AUGAAUAUAAAUCUGCUAUCAUUGACUGGUCUUUCUUUGCAGAUGAGUGGGCCGACUCCGGAAAAGGCUCUUAUAGGUGUUCCCGAUCGAUGGAUGCAUUGUCCCAAAACAGGCAAGGUUGUGGAUAAUCUCUUCUUCCCAUUCAAAACACCUCUAUGCUCCCUUUAUGACGAUCAAAUAGACAAACGCUUACGUUUUCAUCCCGAAGAUGUCUUCAAUCAUCCAGCUGUGCGAGGAAAGAAGAUAGGACUAUGGGUGGAUCUGACGAAAACAGAUCGGUACUAUUUUGUUAAGGAAGUGAGUUUUUAA